AUGGGUAAUAUUCAAAGUUAUCUCCAUAAGGCCCAAGAAAAGUGUGAUUUGUUAUUAAGAAAAAACCAACAUAUUGGUGAAGUCUUGCAUAAACAAAAUGAACUUGAGAAAAGUAAUUAUGAAAUUCGGUUACGUUCUACAAUCAGUAGUUGUAAAUUUUUAUUGAAAAAUGCAUUACCAUUUCUUGGACAUGAUGAGACGGAAAAGUCUAAUAAUAAAAGAUUUUUCAUUGAAGUCUUAUAUUUGAUUAAAGAAGAUAAUGAGAAGAUUUUUAAAGUUACUUUAGAAAAUGCUCUAAAAAAUGAAAAGUUGACUUUUCCGACAAUUCAAAAAGAUAUUGUCAAUUGCUUUUCAAAAGAGAUAAUCAAGUUUAUUUGUGAUGAAAUUGGUAAAGAUGUGUUCGCCAUAUUAGUUGAUGAGUCUAGUGAUGUUUCCAAAAAAGAACAAAUGGAUAUAGUUUUGAGAUAUGUUGAUGGACUUGAGAUUAUAAAGGAAAGAUUUAUUGGAGUUGUUCGUGUGUUGCAUACAUUGUCUUUGACUCUUAAAACCGUCAUCGAUACCAUAUUUUCCAACAACAACUUCAGUAUGGCUCAGGUGAGGGGGCAAGGUCAUAAUGGAGCAAGUAAUAUGAGUGGUGUAUUCAACGGUUUGAAAUCUUUGAUUUUAAAUGAAAACAGUUUUGCACAUUAUAUGCAAGGUUUAAAAAGGCGGUUUGAGGCGUAA